AUGAAUUGUCAGAGAAGGAUUAGAUUUCAAAGUAAAUAGCUAUAUAACUUUGGAGACAGACACAUUUGUUUAAGAAGCAAUAAAAAGAUUUUGAAUGCAAUAAAUCAGAUGAUAGAGGAAUCAAAAGAACAUGAUUUGUAGGUGAUAUUCAUUUACUAUUAAAUGAAUCUUAUAGAUUAUUAUUAUAGGAUUUAGGAUUUGAUUAUGUACUCUUUAAGGGAUAAAAUCAGUGAUAUCAACAUUAUUAUGAAAAACAAAUAACUUAAGCUCCGAUACCAAUUCCAGCUAAAUUGACUCAUUUAGCAUAAGAGUUUGCAGAUAUGUCUAAUUAAUUACCAAAUGAACAUUCAAAUUCAAUAUUUGUAAGAGCUAAUAAGGAUAGAGUAGAUGCAAUAAAAACAUUAAUAAUAGAUGUAUCUGGAACACCUUAAUCUCGUGGAGCUUAUUUUAUUGAUAUAUAUUUUGAAGAUUAAUAUCCAAUAACUCCUCUAAACAUGAAUUUAUCAACAACUGAAGGUGGUAAAGUAAGAUUUAAUCCUAAUUUAUAUGCAUGUGGAAAAGUAUGCUUAUCAUUAUUGGAAAAAUGGAGACAUGCAUCUGAAAAUUGA